GAUAAUUUUACAAUUGCCGAUUAUAAUUGCUUCGAUAAAUCGGCAAUUGUAGUUUUAUGUUGUAGUUAAAUGAAAUUAAAAAAAAAUAUUCGCGUAACUUCAUGGAGUUAUCGGAACGAAGAAAUCAGAAUUCAAUGUCUAACUGCAUAUCGAGUUUAAAAUAUCCUCAGCGAAAGUGAUACCAGUCGUGCGAUGAAUUAUGAAUACCAUUUUCAUACACAUCCGCCUGUGUCAACAAUGUUUCGUAGUGUAAAGCGGCUUGACGAUGUACAUACUAUGCUUUGCAUAUGAUGCACGGCCACGCUUCCCUUUUCACCGUGUGAGAAUACUCAGGGAGUAUCGCGAGACAGACGUUCAUGCUAUGGGGAUAGCAAUGGGAGAGAAAAGAAAGAAGAGAAAAAAAAAAGAAUGAGGGUAGAAGGGGUGAGAUUUUACAACGAGCCUCGGUAAGAGUGAUUUACACCUUGGAAAAACUCUCUGACAUUUACGAUACCUACUCGCGAAUUAUUUAUAGCGGCUGCCUGACGAUGUGUAAUCUACAAACUAUACUUUUCUACUUCUUCCUCAGCUUUCUUUCUUUUCAUAAGACUGACAACUUAACCUGACGAUAUCAGCAUAUUUUUAUCGUCUUACAAUUUGACAUUUAGUCAAUAAAAUCCAACGGAAUCUUUCCAAAGUUUCUUAAUCUUUUUCCAAUAAGUUACUCGUUAAAUUUGAAAUAUAUCACCCGGUAUGCUCACUCUCUCGUCGGUGACUAUUUUAUACAUCCUUGACAUUAAUAUUUUGUCCGACCAUUUUCAUAGACGGAGCUCCAAUUAAUUUUAAUUUUAAAUCCGAAGUGUGAAGAAGAUUUGUUUGGACAUUUUUCAUUGAGCAUAAUGAACGAUCUAGUAUACAUUAGAAAUUAAAUAUUCAGGCUAGAAAACGUUCGCCAAGUUUCGUCUAACUUCAACGUGAGCUACGCAAGCGCCAAGAGGAGCUUAGAAGCUUUUUGCUCUCUUCCUCCUCUUCCUCACUCUUCCUUCCCUCUCUCUCUCUUUCUCUCUCUCUCUCUCGCGCGCUCACUAUUGAAAACUAUUAUGCACUUAAAGUCCUCUACGGCUCUAGGCAGAGUGCAUAAAGGUGUAUUUAAAUAAAAUUACUUUAUGUGCGAUUGGCAGAAAGCUUCGAGAGAGCUGCCAUGGUUGCCAGUGCUUUGCGAUGUUUUGACUACUCGUUACGGGCUCAUCAUGAUGGACGAAAUUCUACCAAAGACUCUAUACGUCGGCAAUCUGGAUCACAGUGUCUCUGAGGAUUUAUUGUGCGCGUUGUUCUCGCAGAUCGGUGUUGUCAGAGGCUGCAAAAUCAUCCGAGAGUUUAUGUGCAGUGCGAACACAAGUUUUUACUGUUGUUACGGUGCCAUGUUCGAAGUAAAGAUGACAAUCGUGCUGGUUUGCGCGCUGCUGAUCGGUCAGCACGUAGGAGCGGUGGUGAACAAGGCGUUGCCGCAAGCAUCGCCCAGCGAGAACCCCGAGGAGAAGAAAAAUGAGAUAAAAGCCAACGAAAGGAUAAGUAACUCUUAUGGACCACCCGCCGACGACUAUGGACCACCGAUUGUAUCGGUGAAUGGUGGUUUCAAUGGGCCAGCACCAGUCUACGGACCACCGUUAAACAUUAAACCUCAUUACGGGCCACCAAAACAAACUUUUGGCCCAACGAAGCUUCACUUUGCUCCGCUAAAACAGCACUUCGGACCGCCGCUGCUUUCCUUCCCUUCGUUUAGACCACCAAAACCACAGUAUGGACCACCGUUAAAGUUGAACACGCCUCCACUCGCCGGUUUCCCACCAGUAUCGUCUUUGCCAAAUCAUUUGGGUCCCGUUAAGUCUGGACAUGGACCACCCAUUCCUGUAUCCAUCGAAUCUUAUCGACCACGACCCGAACCGCUUCCUCUUCCAGUGAAUCCAGAGUAUGGACCACCUCCUCCUCUACCACCUCCUCAAUUACAUAUUCAGUACGAGUUGAGCAAUGCUAAUAUUCAUGGACCACCACCUCCACCUCCCGCAGGAGUUCCAGCACCUCCCACUCCACCUGAUAUAAUGUACGAUGGAUGGCAGCCCAUAGCUGGACUCGCUAAUCAAAAACAACAAGGACCACCAUUGAAACAAUAUUCGUCCUCCGACGGCCAUCGUCUUAAGUACGUCGAAGACACGACGAAUCCGAACGUGCCCAGUGACUCUUACGGUGUACCCAUCACUAAUCCAGAAGCUCAACAUCUACAAACUUCCGUCCGUGAAUCCUCUGGCGAUAAAAAUGGAUUGCCUCCACCACCGUUGCCAGUGUACGACGGUGAUCACAGUUCGCAUACUCACACAUCGUCCUCAUCAUCCUCCUCUUUCCAUUCGAAUCAUCAUCAACACAGUCAUCAGCAAUCAAACUUGAAAUACAACGUUGGAAACUCGGACUCUCUUUCGAUAGUGAAAACUGUGGGUUUCGAGUUGCUGCCCAAUACUGAAUCUUUGACCUCGGAUCUUCAAAGUUUGUCUCACGGAAGCAAUUCUGGUGUUUCCUCGUAUGAACACUCGUCAACGUCUCUGAACAUCGAUGGGGACUCGAAUUCGGGACUUUCUGUAUUACCGUUGCAAGAACUGGAUGAAUCGCCUCACGACGUUUCAUUUGGAAAGGGAGAAUCUCAUGGAGAUCAUAAUGCGAACGAUAUCACCUUGCAACAACUACCGGGAUUAUCACCAGUUAAUUUCGGAAAGCCCAAUGGAAUCGUUGGCGGUUCUUUGCUUCCACCACCUACUGAUUCUUAUGCAGCACCACCACUCUCUUCGUACUCACCAGAUGGACCAUAUCCAGCAGCUCAAUCUGGUCGAACUGGACCAACCUUCCCACCGUUUGGAUUUUUCGGUACUUCUUUUCAGAAACAUGGCUCGCAUCAUCAUAGAUUUCACGGACAUUUUAGAUUACACGGUCCACCUUCGUCACCGCCAGCAUCUUUAAUACCACCUAGAAAUCGAGAACCGAUCAAAUUUCGAGAGCCAGUUCCCGUAGCACUGAUAUCCAAUCUUCAUCGUUAUCUUCCAUCGUUACCUCCUAUUGAUCUGACAAAGCCAAUUAAAUCACACGUUCCUCAUUUAUCGUUCGGUCCUCAGCUACCUAGUUUGAAUGCUCCUCUUUCCUUUCAUCAAUCGUCUGAAUCCGAUCAUUCCUUAUCGAACACCUUCUCUAACAGUGGAUCUUUCGGCAAGUUCAAUUCUCACAGUUUAAAUUCUCCAAUGGCUGCACCCAAUGCGCAAUACGGAACUCCAUUAUCUUUCACGGAUUUUAACACGCCAGCUCCGGUUCCCACCUAUGGUGCACCCAAUUUUGGACCAGCUUCUACAUUCGGUUUCACGUCGAACGGCUUUGGUACAAAUCUUUACGAUGGAAUAGGAAAUGGUCUGACCAGCGUUUAUGGAACACCCGUGAUAAAUCCACCUCUAACGAUACCUUCUGGUGAUUGUAAUUAUCAGCAGUUCAACAGUGGCACGGACUUUGGAUUUGACAAGGGUACCAAUCAUUUAUUGCCACCUUCUGCUCUUCCAGCGUUACCAAGUUCGACAGAAGAGGAAGAUAAUUCUUUACUCAAAUCACCAGCUCUACCUUCACUUUCAGAUUCCUUGAAUUCGUAUAUUGCACCACCUGUAAACACGUUAGAUUUGGAGAAUUACGAGCAACAGAAAGUCGGUUUGAAAGAUAGUUACGGAAAUCCAAUAGGCGUUUCUUACGAAUCAUCGAAUCAAGCGAUCGAUUCGGACGUUCAAAGUAAUGAUCACGUUCACUCGUCGACUUCCGGAGUGAAGAAUAUUUUAUCUCUUUCCUCUUCGUCAUCAUCAUCGUCGUCAUCGUCAUCAUCGUCUUCUUUUUCUUCUUCAUCUUCAUCUUCUAGUCCAUCCCAAAGUUCCUUCUCUUCUGGAAUACCGUUGCACCAGCAUGGAACCUCUGCCGAGGCCUUGACAGCUAGCUUAACGGCUCAAGGUUAUGGCGAGACUAAGAGUCUUAGUUCGAACGAGGUGGAUGCUAGUCAAUACUUGAAGACUGACGAAGGGAGCCAAGCAUUGGCUCUAGCACAAGGUCUAACUGCCGAAGGACCAAAUGGUUUCCAAAUUCAGGGAUCAAAAGGCACGUACACUCUACAAAUUCAACCUGCUGAUGGUGGAUUAGGAACGGAGAAUUCUGACGGUAGUAUAAGACACGAUCAGGUUCUUUCCAAUGGCCUUCUUCAAGAUAUUCUUGCGGCGAUCGAACAACCGGAUCAAGGUCGAGUCGAACUUCAAGGUCCACCUCAGUCUCAACCAUUGGAAGAAGUUCAUAAUGAUCAAUUGUCUGGAUCUAACAGCAUCUCCCAUCAGAAUGGACACUAUAUUACGAUUCAAAAUAAGGAGGACGAAGAGAUAAAUCAACUUAUUCGACAAGUCAGCGAUAGAAGUGGUCAAACGUCCAAUAACGACGAAGGAAAUUCAUCUAAAAACGAAGCAAUCGCUUUGUUCUUUAAUAAUCAAUACGUGGAUAACACGAGAAAGGAUACGAGAUCUGUGAGCAAAGCGGAGAAACAAGCGGAUACUUCGAUCUCCGUGAAGAAUCAAUAGAGUGAAACGAUAUCUUCCUGAACUUUUUCGUGAAAUAGUGUGCCUGUGAAAAUCAUCUAAAUGCGCGCUAAGAGAAAAUUGUGUCGUCACUUUCGAUAUCAAGAUAUGCUAAUUUAGAUUUCUUUUCUAACGAUUUUUAUCGAAACUAUAACUCUGUGUUAGAUUUUAGAUUUAUGGUGCUCCGUUAUUGUCUUCGAUCGUGUUGGAAGAUCAAAGAUAUCCUAAAGGAAUAAGAAGACGUGCUUCGUUCGUAGCGAAAACGAAACGAGAAACACGAUAGUCACUGAUCGAUUCGUAUUAAACGCGUCGUUGAAAUACCACUUGAAGUAAUCCGAGUAGAACAUGAGAGAAGUGAGAAAAGAAUCGAGGAGGAGUUUGUUCAACACUCUUUCUCGUUUGCUUUUGGAAAGAGGGAAAGUGAUAAUUACGCGUUGGCUAAUGUAUCGAUAACAGGUUAUUAGAUGAAUAAUCUGCUUACUUAAGAACAUCUCACCUCGAGUUACUCGGGUGUUACGAGUAUUCUUAGAAAGUUUAAAGUAUCAUUAUCGUUCUAAUACCAUUCUUUAUUUAUUUUCUUUCUUUCACCGAGAAAUUUUGAGAAAGCAGGUCCUAUUAUCAGGACAAACUUAAUUGCGAUAUACUAAAUAUCAAAGAUGCUUCAAGCUAUGUGGCCUGAAGCUAACGUGUCUCCUCAUCGAUACAUUUAUCUAUUCUAGGUCAAAUAAGAGAGAGAGGCUAUGUGUAGAGAAAAAAGAAAGUUAAUGAUUAAGGGAGAUUUGUCGAUUCUUCAUUCUCGUUUAAACGUCUACGAAUUUUGGUAUGCCCCUUCAAAGAAGAAAAGAAAUCGAAAGAUGAAACGAACCGACUCGUGAUCUUUAGGAGAAUCAACUCCAUGUCGCACUUUCGAUCGACGAAUCUAGGUUAUCGGGGUACGGGCUUUGACUCGCCGUCGUGAAAUGUGUGUUACCGUCGCUCUCUAACGUUCGCCGAUUAUACGCCGGUACACGCUCGAACCUCCUUCGUUCAAGGUGAAAGUUCAAAAUCUCAGUUAGCAGUCCCUCGGUAACCGCGAAAAUCGUGUCUCCCGUAGAACAUGUUUCUUCGUUCUGUGAACUCGUUCCUUUUCAAGCGAUAUAUGUGUAUAUAUAUAUGUGUGGUACGUAUAUAUGUAUAUGUACGUACAUACAUGUAUCACACUUUGCUUACUUUUGCGUUUAAAAAAUUGCAAUGAAUUUUAUUUUGAAACUACAGAAUUUUCGUAUGCUCUCUCCGAAUAGUCAGAAUUCUCAGACAAUUUGUUACUACAUCCUUCGAUACCUUUCUUCACGGUGUUGAUCAGCGAAUAGUUAUGCAUAAUUCAGUGAUACAUCUUAGAUGCAUAAAAUAAAUAGAGCGUGUGCUUUUCGAGAAAGACGCUCGUUGUUACGAAGUAUAAUAACUAUGUAGUGACGCUAUUGCCAAGCCAUAAAGCACGUCCACUUUACUCUUAUUUCGCGUGCACCAUAUUUUUUUAUCGAUUAAUUUAUUUUUUUUUCUGUACAAAGAGAAGAGAGCUCCGAUACAAGGGGGCCCGAUGUUUGUCCACAACGAGAGAUCACUGAAAAUCACUCGUCCGAUGUAUAUGUCUGUGUGUGUGUGUGUGUGUUAUUAUUUUUUUUUUUUUAUACAUCGCGCGAACACGCGUGUAAAUACACGAAUACCUUGUAAAUAGA